UCCUCUACUUCUUCCCUCAUCCUGUGUAUGCCCCGAGGGUUGGGCGGGCAUGACUGAGAACCGGGUGCGGUGGAGGCCACCGCCGGCGUGCCCCUCACCCACGCCGAGAGCCGGGCGCGGCAAAGGCCACUACCGGUGUGCCACUUGCCCGCGCGGACGCCUCCACCCACGCAGUUCUGAGAGCUCGCAGAUCCGGCAUGGGAGCCCGAGCUACACGCGCCCCACGCUGCCGCCUACCGUAGCGGGCAGCGGCCGAGGGCCCAGGGGCAGGGGGCAGGCAGGCCUGGGGCAGCCAGGCAAGGGCGCACCACGCUCCGCACAGCAGCGCACCGCUAGUUUGCCACAGCGCCACUGCGCACCGGCGCAUGCCAGUCGACCGAGGCAAGCCAAGUGUGAACCAAUCAACCAAGGUUUGAACACUAUAAAAAACAAGCUAAGAAGCAAGAUGGGGCAGAAAUUUUUGAAUAAUUAUUUGACCACAUUCAUUGAAAGAGAAUUCUUCUUGCAAGCGAAGGAUGAGGACAUCAUCAAAUAUUGAAGGAUCGUAAAGUUAUCUUGUAAUUUGUAAGCGUCCUUGUCACCCAUUUGUUGUUUUAGAAUUUUAUUCUCUAUUCCACUUUGAUACGUUGAUCAUUUAGUACGUAUAUGUUGCACAAUUUCAAAUUAUGAACAAUUUGUGUUGUCGGUACUCAAUUAUGCGCUAGUAAUAUGUAUGUCGGGCUGUUAAUUUUUUUUGCACUA